GCAAUUAAUCUAAAAAUAGAAGCAUACAUUUGCUAUAAAGUUUAAUAACAAGGCCAUGGUGACCAGAGCAUGUGUGGAGAACUACAAGUCAUAGUAAUACAAUUCUGAAAAAAAACAUGGCGUCCGUUAAGAAGUAUCGACCACCAAAAUUCAAAUUCAAAGAAUUAUCAAAAGAGAGAAUGGACUAUUUCCUAGUACUGGAUUUUGAGGGAGUCAUCAACAAGGAUCCUGGCUGUCCUGACGUAAUGGAGAUUAUUGAGUUCCCAGUGUUGAAAGUGAAUGCUCAAACAUUUCAGACUGAAUCAAUUUUUCACACCUACGUUCAACCGGUGAUCCAUCCAAUACUGAACCCCGUGUGUACUGAAAUCACUGGUAUUACUCAGUCCAUGGUGGAUGGUCAGCCGCCAUUGGGGGAGGUGCUCCACUCACUGGACAGCUGGAUGGACAGGGAAGGGCUGCUGAGAGACGACGUCAAAUCCUGUUUUGUGACCUGUGGAGACUGGGACCUCAAAGCAGGUCUUCCAAUCAACUGUGACUAUCUCCACCUGCCGUAUGCCUCUUACUUAAAGAGAUGGAUCAACAUCAAGACCUAUUUUCAAGCUAUUGUUGGCAUGAAAGGCUACAGCAUGAAGACCAUGUUGAAUGAUCUAAAAUUGGAGUUGGAUGGAAGACAUCACAGUGGGAUCGAUGAUUCCAAGAACAUUGCAAAGAUUCUUGGAGAAUUAGCCAAAAGGAACAUAGACUUAGGACAGGGAAUUGUAUCACCAAGAACUUUAGACAAAUGAAUAACGUGAUAUUACAGAAUUUGAACAUAGAUUGGUACAUUAAUUAAUGGCACAUUAAUUGUCAAAUUAAUGUAUUGUGAUAUACACAUUAUAA